AUGGAGCCCCCGCGGCGGCGGAGGGCGGUCGCCCGGGCGGGCGAGGCCCGCGGCCCCGCCCACACCCCCGCGCCACCCACGCCCACGCCCAUGCCCAUGCCCACGCCCACGCCCACGCCCAUCCCCACCGAGGACCCGCGUGGCCGGCGCCCUUGCCACCGCCCCUGCUGCCGGCCCCUGGCUUGC